AUGUCCCUAUUAGAAUUACCUGAAGAAUUGAUAUCAAGUUUAUUUACUUUGUUACAAGUUGAUGAUUGGACCAAUUUAAGUUUAGUUUCCAAUCAGUUCUAUAGAAUUGGAAAUGGUGAAGAUAUUUGGAAGUAUCAUUGUACACAAAAAUCAAUUUUUAAAAAAACACAUGGAAAUAAAACAUGGAAAGAGCAAUAUGUAGAGAGUUGUAGAUUUAUAACUUUGGAAUUUGAAAAAACUAUGUUUGGUUUUCACCAUGUAAAUACAAAGAAAAUAAAGGUUAAAGUAAUGAGAAAAUUACCUUUCUACGAGAUAUCUGAAGGACUCAGUCGAUAUUUUGGAGCAUGUGGUCAUUCAAUUUCUUUAGAGUGUGACGAAACAUGCCAUGGCUUUGCUAGAUAUCUAAUGAGUAGAAAAGGUGCUAUUAUCGAUCGAUCAAGAUCACCUUUCGACGUAGGUCUCUGUAACAACGAUAAAAUCUCAAUUAUCCUUGAUUGUUUCGAUAAGACAAUCGAUGGAAUUUGUUUACUAUUAGCGAUCAAGAAACUCUAUCUAGAAAAAGAACACUUUAGAUUGUAUUGUAAAGAAGAUUAUAGUCCACAUUACUCUCAUCUAUCAUCGAGUUUAAAGAGCAUAAUUAUCAAUAGAGCUUUAACUAUUACAAAAAAUCACUCAUUUGAACAAGUAAAUCUGUUUUCGAUCGAAAUAGUAAUUAGAUCACUUAAACAUCUAGAUUCAGUGACAACCCUUUAUUGGAAUACAGAUUUUAUGUCAUUAGAGGGUUAUAUAUAUACCAUUCCAAACACUGUCACCAAUCUUUCGCUUUUGUCACGUCAAGAAUCUAUUCCCUAUGGGUUUAUACCGUCAUCCGUUACGAAGCUUACCCUUGUGGCUGUAUACCCAGUGGCAAAUCUGAUUCCUAAUUCAGUUAUCAAUUUGAAUGUAACAUAUUUUAAGUCAAAGAGUGAUGCUUUCCCACCAGACGUUAUUCCAGGAUCUGUUGUGACUCUGGUGUAUCAUAGCGAUAUUGAAUUGCUACCAAACAGUCUACCAAGAGAUUCAAUCAAGACAAUGACACUUGGCGGUCUAUUUAAUCGACCUCUAUCCACGGGAUCACUACCGGAUUCAAUAACCGAUCUGACAUUCAACGGUCGGUUUUCUAUGUCAAUCGAGAGAGAAUCACUACCGAAAUCGUUGGUACACUUGAGAAUACCACAAUUCUACAAUUAUACGAUCGAAGAUUUUAACAAUCCUUACUCAGACUCUAUCUUUCCAAAGACGUUACUAUCUCUAAGAUUUGGAGAUAGUUUCAAUCGAGCGGUAACACCGCUCUCUACAUUGAUCAAUCUGGAGAGCCUUCAUCUCGGAAAGGGUUAUUCCCAUCCUAUAACGGUACUUCCAGCUACACUGACAUCGUUGCACCUACCUGAGAAGCUCAACCCGACUGCCGAAGAAUUGAAGAGAUUACUUCCUGCAUCGUUGACAAGUCUAACGCUAUCGGGUUUCAACCAACCAUUGCUCGAGACGUCUGACGUAUUCCCCCAAUCAUUGGAGAUACUCGAUCUCACUGUAGCUUUCAACCAGCCGAUUCCAGUUGGAGCGCUUCCACGUAGACUUAGAGUGUUGAAUCUGUCGGCACAAUUCAAUCAUCCGUUGGAAGUAGGAUGCCUACCCGACCAUCUUGAAGAGUUGAAAUUUAGAGAUAACUUUAACAAGACUAUUCCAUUGGGUUUGCUACCGAAAUCACUUAGAAAGCUAGAGUUUGGUAAUAGUUACAAUCAAAGAAUUGUACCGUUGUCUUUACCCACCAAUCUAGCCCGUUUGGUUCUUGGUAGAGAUUUCAACCAACCUUUGGAAAUCGAUAGUUUAUCAUCAACUUCACUUCAUACCAUUCAUUUCGGAAUGAAUUUCGAACAAAUCAUUACUUCAUCUCUUUUACCACCAACACUUCAGUAUAUAGAAUUCCAAUUGACAAUAGAGCAGAGAGGAGAGAAAAAGAAUAAGAUAUUCGACGUUUUUUCAACCAAGAAAACAAAAUCAGAAAAGAAACUGCAAUUGAAUGAACCACAAUCAAACAACAACAUCAACAACAACAACAACAAAAACAUUUUCGUUAAUCUACCGAAUAUCACAAUGAAAUGCGACCUACAUUUAAGCUCAUUGCCUCAGGUAUUAAAUACAAAUCAAAGAAGAAUAUCACCCUACUAUCUUGAUCUUUUAGAGCAAAACAUUGGAUUUGAUAUGAGCUUGAUGGGCACAGAAAACAUCUAUCAUGUCAGAUCCUACAGCAGGAAAUACGCUCUAUUGUUAGACCGUCAUUUGGAGUGUGGAUUUAUAAAGAAAUCAUCUUUGGAAUACUUUUCCAUUGGUCAGACAAUUGGUGUUAAGAGAAAAUUAUUAUUCAUUUGA